GUGUGUAUGUUGUGGGCUUCUAAGUAGUGAGGCUGCGGGCGCGAAGUCCAGGUGCCCUCUCCCUUUGCAGAGUCCUAAACAGGCCAGCCAGUCUGUUCUUGUUCCUGUUGGGUGUUCCCAUGCUGCACCAUGUUGAGGGCUAAGAAUCGGCUUUUUUUACUUUUCCCUCAUUACCUGAAGCAGGUAAAAGAAUCAGCAGGCUCCAGGAUCAUAUGGCAAAGACUUCUCCACCAGCAACAACCCCUUCACCCAGAAUGGGCUGCCCUGGCUAAAAAGCAGCUGAAAGGCAAAAAUCCAGAAGACUUAAUAUGGCACACCCCAGAAGGGAUCUCUAUAAAGCCCUUAUAUUCCAGGAGAGAUACUAAGGACUUACCUGAAGAACUUCCAGGAGUGAAGCCAUUCACACGUGGACCAUAUCCUACCAUGUAUACCUAUAGGCCCUGGACCAUUCGCCAGUAUGCUGGCUUUAGUACUGUGGAAGAGAGCAAUAAGUUCUAUAAAGACAAUAUUAAGGCUGGUCAGCAGGGAUUAUCAGUUGCCUUUGAUCUGGCAACGCAUCGUGGCUAUGAUUCAGACAACCCUCGAGUCCGUGGUGAUGUUGGAAUGGCUGGAGUUGCUAUUGACACUGUGGAAGAUACCAAAAUUCUUUUUGAUGGAAUUCCUUUAGAAAAAAUGUCUGUUUCCAUGACCAUGAACGGAGCAGUUAUUCCAGUUCUUGCAAAUUUUAUAGUAACUGGAGAAGAACAAGGCGUACCUAAAGAGAAACUUACUGGUACCAUCCAAAAUGACAUACUAAAGGAAUUUAUGGUCAGAAAUACUUAUAUUUUCCCUCCAGAACCAUCCAUGAAAAUUAUUGCUGACAUCUUCCAGUAUACAGCAAAGUACAUGCCAAAAUUUAAUUCAAUUUCAAUUAGUGGAUACCAUAUGCAAGAAGCAGGGGCAGAUGCCAUUCUGGAACUGGCCUACACUAUAGCCGAUGGAUUAGAGUACUCUAGAACUGGACUCCAAGCUGGCCUGACAAUUGAUGAAUUUGCACCACGGUUGUCUUUCUUCUGGGGAAUUGGGAUGAACUUCUAUAUGGAAAUAGCAAAGAUGAGAGCUGGGAGAAGACUCUGGGCUCACUUAAUAGAGAAAAUGUUUCAGCCUAAAAACUCUAAAUCUCUUCUUCUAAGAGCACAUUGUCAGACAUCAGGAUGGUCACUUACUGAGCAGGAUCCUUACAAUAACAUUGUGCGUACUGCAAUAGAAGCAAUGGCAGCAGUGUUUGGAGGGACUCAGUCUUUGCACACAAAUUCUUUUGAUGAAGCUUUGGGUUUGCCUACUGUGAAAAGUGCUCGAAUUGCCAGGAACACACAAAUCAUCAUUCAAGAAGAAUCUGGGAUUCCUAAAGUGGCUGAUCCUUGGGGAGGUUCAUAUAUGAUGGAAUCUCUCACAAAUGAUGUUUAUGAUGCUGCCUUGAAGCUCAUUAAUGAAAUUGAAGAAAUGGGUGGAAUGGCCAAAGCUGUAGCUGAAGGAAUACCUAAACUUCGAAUUGAAGAAUGUGCUGCCCGAAGACAAGCUAGAAUAGAUUCUGGUUCUGAAGUAAUUGUUGGAGUAAAUAAGUAUCAGUUGGAAAAAGAAGAUUCUGUGGAGGUUCUGGCGAUUGAUAAUACUUCAGUGCGUAACAAGCAGAUUGAAAAACUUGAGAAGAUCAAAUCUAGCAGGGAUCAAGCUUUGGCAGAACGAUGUCUUGCUGCACUGACUGAAUGUGCUGCCAGUGGAGACGGAAAUAUUCUGGGUCUUGCAGUGGAUGCAGCUCGUGCAAGGUGUACAGUUGGAGAAAUCACAGAUGCCCUGAAAAAGGUAUUUGGUGAACAUAAAGCUAAUGAUCGUAUGGUGAGUGGAGCGUAUCGCCAGGAAUUUGGAGAAAGUAAAGAGAUAACAUCUGCUAUCAAAAGGGUUCAUAAAUUCAUGGACCGUGAAGGUCGCAGACCUCGUCUCCUUGUAGCAAAAAUGGGACAAGAUGGCCAUGACAGAGGAGCAAAAGUUAUUGCUACAGGAUUUGCUGAUCUUGGUUUUGAUGUGGACAUAGGCCCUCUUUUUCAGACUCCUCGUGAAGUGGCCCAGCAGGCUGUGGACGCAGAUGUGCAUGCUGUGGGUGUGAGCACGCUUGCUGCUGGUCAUAAAACCCUCGUUCCUGAACUCAUCAAAGAACUUAACUCCCUUGGACGCCCAGAUAUUCUUGUCAUGUGUGGAGGGGUGAUACCACCACAGGAUUAUGAGUUUCUGUAUGAAAUUGGCGUUUCCAAUGUAUUUGGUCCUGGGACUCGAAUUCCAAGGGCUGCCGUUCAAGUGCUUGAUGAUAUUGAGAAGUGUUUGGAAAAGAAGCAGCAAUCUGUGUAACAUCCUGUUUUUGCUUUAGCUCUUUUCUAAAAUAUUUUUUUAGUUAUGAUCAAGGAAGAGAGUAAAACUAUGUCUGCAAUUUAAUUUCAACACCUAAUAUGUACUUCCCUUGAAAGAUUUACAUUAAAAUACUUUAAUUAUAAGCAUGUACAGUUUCACCUUAAAAAUAAAAAUAAUUCCUAAAAACCCUCUGUAGCAAUACUUUAUCAGCAUCUCUAUACAAAAGUAUUAUUUUUAAAGACCAUAGUGUUAUAUUUAUUAGAAAUAUUUCUUAUAAAUCUAUUUACCUUUUAUUUUAAGAAUUAAACUUUACCUAAAAAGAUAUGACUAGUCCCAUUCUUCAGUUUAGCAUUACAUUGACUUGAACACCAGAAAAUAAAAUUCAUAUAUUAAUAAAAUAAAAUACCAAUCUUGAAAAAAUAGUAGAGAAUAUUUAUGUGGAGAAAUAGAUUAUGGGUGUGUUCCUUAGCUAAACUCUACCAGAAUCACCUUGAUAAAUGAUAUAUCAAACAUAGCAGGUUGGAAUGGGGGGAAUUGGCAGCAUAUUGAUUUUAUUAAUACUUUCUUCCUGAGCAUGACCAUUUGACCUUGUUAUUGUGGAGCUUCUCAAGACCCAGGAAAGUGGAUGUUUAUGAAUAUUCCUUUAAAUCAGAGUGCUUAGGUUGCUAUUAUGCUUUCUCCAGAAUGGUGAUGUCAGUGGUGGGUUAGGCAUAUGAUAUAGAAAGAACUGAACUUUCCAGAUCCAGAAAGAUGCUACCUUGCAUAUAUUAGCUCAUUAAAGAUAAGUUGCAAAAAUAAAAAUAGCACAAAAAACACCUGUACUUUGCUUGUUGGAUAAUUUGCUCAUUAAAGAAGGAAAAUUGUCCUUUAUUGUUAACAUGAUCCAUUAUAUAAAUGUAAAAUGAGUAACAGUGAUUGUUUAGUAAUGAAUUUCUAUUGUAUUUUAUUAGAUCAGAGAACAAUCCUUUGGAAGGGAUUAUAAGAUUUAUAUAUUGCUAUAGAAUUUAUAAAGUACAUUGUAUUAUAAUACAACUUAAAUUUAGAACAUGAUUAUUAGAAUCGUAUUAAGUCGUGAUUAGUGUUCCCAUUUUACAGAUGAGUAACUAAGUCCAGUGAUACAUUUACUAUGCCAUUUUAUUGACUUUUUCUUAUUAAGAAAUGCAUAUUGAUUUAAUAAGUAUUUAGUUUUUAUGAUGUGUUCAGUUAUGUGCUGGAUGACAUGUGAAAUAAACUCCUCGAGAAAUUUA